CAAAGAUCGCCGUUCCCUCUUCCAGCCACAGAAAGAUCCACCCGCUUCCCAUCGACGGGCUUUGACAACGUAGAGCAGGUACGAGGUGCAGAGCGCGGGACAGAAGCUUCCGCACCCCACACUCCGUCCGUCGACCGCUGUAGCCAUGUCGCCGCUCCCUGACCGUGUCGACUUUCUCGUCGUAGGAGCCGGUCCCGUCGGCCUCACCGUUACCUGCGCCAUCCUCAACAACCUCCCCGCCGCGCAACGCUCGGAACGGAGCCUGCUGCUGAUCGACAAGCUGCCGUCCCCGGACCAUGUCCCGCAGAACGAGUCACGCGCGCUCGCCCUGCACGCGCGCAGCUUCGAAGUGCUUGCCGACGUCGUCGAUGCGCCGGAGGAGCGCCAGAGAUACCUCCGGGCCGCCGUCAGGGGCCGCGACAGCGCGCCACUCCUGCCGGACAUCACCGACGUGCCCGACAAGGUGCAGAGCGUGACACAAGCGCUCCUCGAGCGCGGCGAGCACAUUCAGCACGCCAGUAUGCGGUUGCACGGGCGCGUGCAGCCCGUCCUGCGCGGUGGCUUUGCUUCACUGCACGACACUCAGUUCCGGCAGGUGUGCGCCGUGCCGCAGCGCGUCACCGAGGCGGUCUUGCGCGCGCGCCUCGCGGACCUCCGCCACGCCAUCCGCAGCGGCUGGUCCGUCGUCCAUCUGGAGAAAUCACCCGGCAGCUUCGCCAAGGGUCAGCCAGUCGCCGUCACGCUAGAGCAUGCCCAGCUCGGUACGCACAUCUUACAGGCUGACUUUGUUAUCGGCGCCGACGGCGGCCAUUCAAGCGUGCGCGCGCUGUCCGGCCUUGCGUUCCCGCGCAAUAGCUAUGAUCGUCCGCUUCUGCUGGGCGAAGUGACGCUCGCGGACCCGCGCUGGCCAUGGCAGUAUCCCUCGGCUGGCUUCAACGGGCUCGAGGCAACGAACAUCUUCAGCUCCAACGGCUUCCUCCUCCUCGUUCCCGUCCCCGGCGGGCGCAUCCGCCUCGCGGCCAACUUUGGCCCGCCAGGGUUCGACCCCAAGACAGCGGGGAAGCGCUCUGAAGGCGGCGGCCACGUCGAGGGCAACCGUCCCACUAUCCCGCACUUGCAGUGGAUCUUGGACAACUGGGGCCCCGCCGUCCCAACCGAGUGGAUCGACGGCGGGAAAGGCGACCGCACCGUCAAGCCGAGCACGAUCGUCGACUGCUACUGGUCCUCCACUUUCCGCAUCCACCACGGCAUCGUGCACCACUUCCUCGAUCCUGAGUCGGGCAGCAUCGCCCUCAUCGGCGAUGCUGCGCAUUGUCAUAGCCCCAUGGGUGGCAAGGGCCUGAACACUGGCAUCCAUGACGCGACGUCGCUGGCCAUGACGCUCGUGCGCAACCUGGACGCCAGCCGCGAUGCGCGCCUGCGUGCGCUGCGCGCUUGGGCCGAUGAGCGGCGCAAAGUCGGGCUUGGCGUGCUCAAAGGCACGCACUCGCUCACCGUCAUGGCGUCGCUCCGCCAUCCGAUCCUAGUGCGCCUGCGCGACCUGCUCUUCCGCAUUCUCGCCUGGGUCCCGGGUAUCGCAAAAAGAAUCGCCAGGGAGACGGCAUGCCUUAGCGAUCGUCCGCGCGGCUGGACGCUGCCCAAGGAGGUCUGAGCAGCGUGUAGGCGACCUGCGCACGUGAACGCAGUACUAUAUUCGAUCCACCUCUCUACUUGUGAUUUGUUCGAUAAAGGAUCGAGCAAAGACGCAGAGCUCGGCAUGUUCAAAUCAGAGAAAAUGACAUGGCAGUUUGUGCGCUGGUAUCAAACGAUAUCUGUCCUCGGUAUCGCCAGCAACGCUCGCGAAGACGAUGCGCAAUGCACAACCUGCCUGUACUGAUUAGCGUGUUGAGGUUGCGAUAAAUGUAAAAAAACAUACAAUGAGUCUAUUACGAG